UGCGGUUGACACAGAUCAUUCAAGCAGAAAUAUUGACGUUUCGUGAGAACCAAAACAUUGCGAUCUCAUUAUUUCCAAAAUAAUAAAUUAAAACUACUUUAAUUUUGAUGCGAGAACCCACAAUUUAAUGUACAUUAUUUAAAUGAUCCGUUAAAACUUACAAACGAAAUAAAAUUACAAAGUUUCGAACGCAGCGCUUGUUUUGCGACAGGAAAAUAUCGUAUUUUUUUCAUUUAAAAUGCGUUGUAGCGUGCCUAAUUGUACCACGGACACGAAAGCCGACACGAAAAACUACACAGUCACAUUUCACACGUUUCCGAAAAAUGAAAGCCACCGUGCCGCCUGGAUCGAUGCUCUAGGUAUGAAGGGCUGGUUGCCCAAAGACGGCAGCGCUAUCUGCUCCGAGCACUUCUGGAAGGAUGACUUUUAUUUCACUAAAGGCGGUCUCAAGAAGGUGAAGAACGGUGCUGUACCUGUGACUCUGAAUUCCGAGGCCGAUCGCGACGGAGCCGAUAUAUCGGAUGUCUGCCGAAUAUGCUUGAACAUUGGUGGCAAACUGUACGACAUGGGAGCGUGCAAACUGGAGGAAAUAUACGAACAACUAACCGAGUACAUUUUCACGGAUGAUGAUCGAGUACCGAAGAGGUUGUGCUGGGAGUGCGCCCACAGACUGUCCUCGUGUCUGAAGUUCAAGAGGAAAGCUCUCAGCAGUCAAAAGCUGCUCGCGGACUUAAUCGCGGCGAACAAAUACGUCACAUUAAAAGACGUAUUGUGCGUUAAUAGAGUUGAGAAUGGAUUGAGGAGUACGUUGGUACGGAAAUCCUUUGAGCCGAACAGCCUGGAUUACUUCUUGGACGAGACCUUUAGCGUCGUGAAGCUCAAGGAAGAUGAAGCAGGGUCGGAUGUGAUCUCGGAACCGAACAGAGAAGCCGAGCUGUCCGCGGACAGCGCCGCCGAGGACCUCCACAUCAAAGACGAGGCCUCGAACGAGAUAUUCUUCGAAGAGUACAACGUCGGCUUCUACGACUCCGACGAUGAUAAGGUUCUGAGCGAAGUGUAUAAGGACGAGAAGGUGGCGAACUGUGACAGCAAAGAGACGUCGUCUAAAGUGAAAAAGGGGAGGAAGAGAUUGAAGGUCCAGAAGAAGGGGGUCAGGAAGAGAGCCGGAGACGACAAUCCCGACAACGUCACUAAGCGAUUCAAAAUGGCGGACGUGAAACGCCGCCGAACCCAAGACCUGGACGAGAAUCUGUUCACGAUAACUUCGCUCACGUACGAGGAGCAGAUAGCGGAGAUAGAGAAGAGGCAGGAGCUGAACAGCUACAAGAGCGCCCCGUACAAGUGCACCACGUGCUACAGGGGCUUCCUCAACAGGGAGAGGUUCGAGGCGCACUCCGUGAGGCACAGCGACGUGAGUGGCGUCUUCGAAUGCUUCAUAUGUAAAUCCAGAAUGAAAUCCAGCCGCGCUCUACGCAAACACCUCACCGGACAGCAUACAGAGAAAAUUAUAUGCAAAGGGUGUCCUUUCACAACGAGGAACAGGGGCGUGGCCAGAGAACACGAAAAAUGGCACGCUGGUACUAAAUACCAGUGCCCGCAUUGCUGUAGUGAAUUCGAUAAACUGACCACAUACAUGGGCCACUUGAGGAUCAAGCACGUGUGCGACUUCGUGUGCGAGCUUUGCGGCUACACGUUCGUCAGCAAGAAGGGGGUCGACGUUCACAAGAAGAAGAAGCACAGGCUCGCCGACAAGCCGGAUCUGCUCGAAGGACCAUUCUGUGAGCUAUGCGAGGUCAAAUUCAAGACUCAAAUGGCCUACGAUCGACACUUGAGGUUGUCGUCGAGACACAGCAAAGACAGCGAUCCGAAUCGCUUAAGGAACGAUUCUCAGAGCGUCUCGCAGCGCAGCGACCGCGUCGUGCGCCGCAUAGAGAGACGCCCCGUCAUCCACGGGCGGGACGCGGGGGCGGAGCGCGGGGCGGCCGGGCCCGUCACGUGCGAGCAGUGUGGCAUAGAGCUGAAGGACCUGAGGCUGUACUCGCAGCACUUCAGACGAGCCCACCCGGAUAAGAACAGGACCAAGUACCCGGCCAUGAAGACGCCCUGCAUGUGUGAGCAGUGCGGGAGGAUAUUCCAAAGCAUGGCGCUGCUGAAAGACCACAUGUGGGUCCACACCGGCGAGAAACGCUUCAAAUGCGACCGCUGCCCGAAGAGCUUCACCCAGAAGACGAACCUGGUGUUCCACCUGCGCGUGCACAGCGCCACCCGACCCUCGUACGAGUGCCCCCUGUGCGGGAAACAUUUCGCCUUCUAUAACAACAGGAGGCGUCAUAUGUUCAUCCACACUGGCCUGAAGCCGUACAAAUGCGACACGUGCCUCAAGUGCUUCACAACGUCCGGCGAGCUGCGCGCGCACGUCGAGCACGUGCACAUGAAGAAGCCGUGGCCGAAGCGCGCGCGUACCAACAGACAGAGCGACGCGCUCGCCGACUAGACGCCCUUCCCAACACCCCGCUCCCCCUCCUUAACCGUCUUAAAAACAUGGAGAAGGCUUUCAAAUCGAUAUAGUGUGUGUGUGUGUGUAAAUAACGACGAAGAGAAGAUCUUCCGAAUAUUCUUGUUCGGAAAUGGUUUAAAUGCAAGCUUAUCUCGAAAAUGUCGUAAGUGUGUUGUUGUAUGAUGGUGAGUGUCUUUGUGUCGAAACUUUGUGUUCUUGGUUCUAGAAUGUUCUUUUUUUUUCUUAUACUGGUGCGUUUCGUGCAGAAGCCGCUUGAGUUGUAUCAAAAUUGGAUAAUUAGUUAGAAAUGCAUAUUUAUUGUGUCAAAGUCGAUUUUCGUAUCUGUCCUAAAAGUAUUUGUGUCAUAGCCAAAUGCUUAAAUGCAGAUUUUCAAAUUGAUAUCGAGAGCUGAAAAACUAUAUCGUUUAGGUGACAUCUAUCUUUGUGAUUAAAGGUCCGUUUUAUUCGGUAUCAGCAUCAACAGUUCAAUGUUUUUAAUUGAACUUCAAUUAAGUUCACCCCAUUCGAAUAGCUGAAGAAGUUUUGGAAGUGAAACUUCUUUAGACGCGUUAAAAGCUAAAUUUAACUCGAGACAAAUUCGUUACGGCUAGAGAGAAAAGAUAUAAUUUGGGACGAGCGAGAGUGAGGGAAUAGAUAGAGCGUCUCGCGAACUACUCACCGCGGAGAGAGGGAGAAAGCGAGCUAGGUUGUUUCUCUUAUACACAGCGUUCCCUAUUACAAGAGAAAUUUGAUUUAAGGAUGAGAAAUGAAGAAAACCACAAUACUACGCACCGCAAAACAAGUUUCACUUCUUUCACUUGCACCAAGUUCCACUUGCGUCAUUUCUUUUGUUGUGAUUAUUUUUUCCAAAAUUUAAGCUUUAAAUGGAUCUCCGGUAAAUUUGCAAAAAUGUCGCUUAAACCAAACAGCUUUUCACCCCUCCAUAGAUAUACAUAGUGACAUGUUUAUUUUGUCUGCCAGACGGUACUCAGAAAAAUAUAUUGUCGAAUGACCGAUCGAAAAGUUUAAGUCAACAUAUUAAGAAAGCGCGUCAGGUACUUAAAGAGUAGAUUUUUCAAAACUUCGAGCAGACUUAUAUGUAUGUGGAGGUUUUUUGGCGCUACGCAAUGGACUACGAAUUCCAUUGUAGUACAUUGCGGGGUUCAAUUGAUGGUCCCGAGUUUGAUAAUACAGGUAAACUAAAGAUGUUUUUUUUUUAAAGUAUGGAGAUUUUAAAUGAAAUACAACAAAUAUUUUAUGUACUUUUAACAAAGUGUUUUUGAAGGGUGUUCGUAAAUCGAAUUCCUUUUAAAAGUGAUAGUCAGUAGAGGACAGCAUAAUAUUAUGGGCGAUUGUGUAAAUGUAUAAUAAUAUAAGUGCAGUAUUUAUUGUAAUAAAAAUUUGACUGAAUUUAAA